GUUUUUAUUUAGUAAGUUCUUGUGAGUGCACUCAAGAGUGUGCUGCUCAUUUUAUUUCCCCACAUCAGCAGUGUUUAACUGUCCUGCGGGUCUAGCCUCAGCAUUCGACUCGAGCAGAGUGCACCCAGAGCCUCCGGGUCACCUGCAUCCCACAUACCUAGUCAAAAAGCAAAAUCUUAUUAUUAUUAUUUUUUUUUAUUCAACAAGGUUAAGACCCCUUUACCCUCAAACUAGCUUUUAUUUAUUUAUUUUUUUUGUCCAUUUGAAUGACUAGGUUACAGACACUCCCAUUCUGUCCUCCUCUUCUUUUUUUCCUCUCUCACUCCAAUGCUUCUUUCAGUCUAAAACACUGCUUCAUCCUGGCCCAGCCAGUCCCCACUUGCCCACAUACAAAGGAAGAAAGGCUGGGCUCUUCUGUCUCUCACCAAACGGGGGUCUUAAAACACAUGCUGCAGUUUGGCAUGCCUUUCUUCCCUGUAGUCUCUUGGAGGGAUUUCGCUGGCUCGGUCUUGGAGAAAUAAAUGGACUGAUGAAGACAGUGGUCUUUGCUGUGCAAAAAAUAAGAUGGCUUCUAACCCUAACCAUGCACCUUCUGGUCAUUUGCCUUAUUAGAAGCAACUGAUUCCCUUUAAAAGUUAAAAAGUCAUGGCCCUUUGGCUGUGAGUUUGGAUUUACUUUCCCAGCAUUACAAUGCCCGUAAAAAAUUUAGCCUUUGAGGCAGUGUGGCUAUUUGAGUUUUCAGUGGGUCCUUGGGAGUUUGUCUUGAUGUUAUAGAGAGAGUUCUCUUCCUGUUGGUUAGAAGCCCUCUUAUUUGGUGCCUCAGGGGGGCGGGGUGGGGAAGAGUACGAGGGGCCGGCGGCCCCCCACCAACUCUGUCGCUCCUAACCCCCGCGCGCUCGCUUAGGGCCUGUGGAUUGUGUGCGCGUCGAACUGUCUGCCUGACCCCUCAGUCAAGCCAACAGAUGCUUUGUAAGGGCUCCAUAGUGCACUCGAGUAGAGCCUGUAUCAUUUUGACCUUUCGUGUUCCCCCCCCAGUUCAACUUCUCAUCCGCCUGUCUUUAGGGCUUACAAGGGUUCGGGAGGGUUUGUGUUUUUCCAACACUGUGUGUCAGCCCUGGGCUGUGCCAGGCAGACAGAUCGCUUUAUGCACUCCACUGCACGCGUCAGACGCCAUGAUAGAAAGAGAGAAUUAUACUCGCGCGACACAAGCGAUGACCUCUUUAUUUCAGAGCUGUGGAGGCUUCUAGAUGAUUAUGAAGUCUUUAAACCCCAGGCUUUUUUUCCAUAUCCAUUGGCCAGGACUCAAGAUGGCAGGACAGGAUAAAGCAAACGAGGUAUAAACCAUCUAAACAAAGACCAAAAGAAUCAUCAAUUACAUUUCUUCCCCCUUGUAUGUUAUGAUUAUUAAUAAUAUUCCCAGAGCAAAUGUGAUCAGUUCAUUUGGGUAAGAUCAAGCCAGUUGGCCUCCCUCCUUUAUCUAUAAUUGAAAAUGUGACCCAGUAUUGAAAAGUUUGAACUUGUUAAUAUCAUCUCAGAGCCUUUCUUCAAUCUCGACCCCUCGUGAACAUACUCUGGUUUUUGAAAGCGUACAAUCCUUUCAUUGCAUGGGUUUAAACUGAUGUUAGGUCAUUUUGUAUUUAUUUCCCCUUUUUGGUUUUUGGUUUCAUUUUACUUGUUUUGCUUUGUCAAUACAAGUUUUGAUAUCCAUAUGAAAUGUCUUGAUUGCAAACUUUUACUAACGUUCUUGUUUUCUUAUUUUGUCUCUUUUGGUUUUUCCACAACUGAUAUUGUUAUUGAGAAGGUUUCAGGUGGGUGACAGUGUUCCUGCGUAGGUGCGGUCCGGUGGACAGGAACACUAGGGCAGCAUCAGUCUUCUCCUCUUCCAGCUGCGGCCGCCCCCCCAGACAAAGUCCAAAAAUAUGGCUUGUUACCUGAAAGCAAUUGAAACUCAGCCAAACUUUGCCGUGGCCUGGAGUAACCUGGGCUGCGUGUUCAAUGCUCAGGGGGAGAUCUGGCUGGCCAUACAUCAUUUUGAGAAGGCAGUGACACUGGACCCAAACUUUUUGGAUGCUUACAUCAACUUGGGCAAUGUUCUGAAAGAGGCUCGUAUCUUUGACAGAGCGGUUGCUGGUUAUCUGCGUGCCCUAAGCUUGAGCCCUAACCAUGCUGUGGUCCAUGGAAACCUGGCGUGUGUGUACUAUGAGCAGGGAUUGAUUGACCUGGCCAUUGACACCUACCGUCGUGCCAUCGAGCUGCAGCCACACUUUCCUGAUGCAUACUGCAAUCUUGCUAAUGCUCUGAAGGAGAAGGGCAGUACCGCUGCUCGAGUUGAACGUGACGCGUCCGGAGUGUGUGUGAAACCGGUUUCUGAAGCUGAGGAGUGUUACAACACUGCGCUGCGUCUGUGCCCGACUCACGCCGACUCCCUAAACAAUCUGGCCAACAUCAAGCGCGAGCAGGGCAACAUUGAGGAGGCUGUGCAGCUCUACAGGAAAGCACUGGAGGUAUUCCCUGAAUUUGCUGCUGCCCAUUCAAACCUUGCCAGUGUCCUGCAGCAGCAGGGGAAACUUCAGGAAGCGCUCAUGCACUAUAAGGAGGCAAUCAGAAUCAGCCCCACAUUUGCUGAUGCUUACUCUAACAUGGGCAACACUCUGAAAGAGAUGCAGGAUGUUCAGGGAGCGCUGCAGUGCUACACUCGAGCCAUUCAGAUCAACCCCGCUUUUGCAGAUGCUCACAGUAACUUGGCUUCGAUACACAAGGAUUCUGGGAACAUUCCUGAAGCGAUUGCAUCUUACCGCACCGCCCUGAAGCUCAAGCCUGACUUCCCUGAUGCUUACUGUAACCUGGCUCACUGUCUGCAGAUUGUUUGUGACUGGACUGACUACGAUGAGCGCAUGAAGAAGCUGGUGAGCAUUGUGGCUGAUCAGCUGGAGAAGAACCGCCUGCCAUCCGUGCAUCCCCAUCACAGCAUGCUCUAUCCCCUCUCUCACGGUUUCCGCAAAGCGAUUGCAGAGAGACAUGGCAACUUGUGUCUGGAUAAGAUCAAUGCUCUUCAUAAGCCUGCCUUUGAGCAUCCAAAGGACUUGAAGGCCAGUGGAGGCCGUUUGCGUGUGGGUUACAUUAGCUCUGAUUUUGGCAACCAUCCCACGUCCCACCUGAUGCAGUCCAUCCCUGGCAUGCACAACUCUGAGAAGUUCGAGGUGUUUUGCUACGCUCUGAGCCCUGAUGACAGCACCAACUUCAGAGUUAAAGUCAUGGCGGAGGCUAAUCACUUCAUUGACCUCUCACAGAUCCCCUGCAAUGGAAAAGCAGCAGACAGGAUCCAGCAAGAUGGAGUCCACAUCCUGGUCAACAUGAAUGGCUAUACUAAAGGAGCACGCAAUGAGCUGUUCGCCUUGCGCCCUGCACCCAUUCAGGCCAUGUGGCUUGGAUACCCAGGCACCAGUGGAGCACCGUUCAUGGACUACAUCAUCACUGAUAAAGAGACGUCUCCUUUUGAGGUCGCAGAGCAGUACUCUGAGAAACUGGCCUACAUGCCGAACACUUUCUUCAUUGGAGAUCAUGCCAACAUGUUCCCUCACCUCAAGAAAAAAGCGGUGAUAGACUUCAAGUCAAAUGGCCAUAUUUUCGACAACCGCAUUGUACUGAAUGGCAUCGAUCUGAAAGCCUUCCUGGAAAGCCUGCCGGAUAUCAAAAUUGUGAAGAUGGAAUGUGAUGGUCAAGAGUCAGCUGACAUGCCCAUCAUCCCCAUGAACACGGCCGCUGAGGCCAUCAUUAACAUGAUCAACCAGGGCCAGAUCCAGGUCACCAUCAACGGCUUCACGGUCAGCAACGGCCUGGCCACAACUCAGAUGUUUACAGUGGAGGAGGUUAUAGUAUCUGGGACUGUAGCCUUGCAGAUCAACAACAAGGCCGCAACAGGAGAAGAAGUUCCCAGAACAAUCGUGGUGACCACCCGCUCGCAGUAUGGUCUCCCUGAAGACUCGAUUGUGUAUUGCAACUUCAACCAGCUCUAUAAGAUUGACCCUCCCACCCUGCAGAUGUGGGCCAAUAUCCUGAAGCGUGUGCCCAACAGUGUGCUUUGGCUGCUGCGCUUCCCAGCCGUGGGUGAGCCCAAUAUCCAACAGUACGCUCAGAACCUGGGCCUGCCUGCCUCCCGCAUCAUCUUCUCCCCCGUGGCUCCUAAAGAGGAGCAUGUGAGACGUGGACAGCUGGCUGAUGUGUGCCUGGACACGCCGCUCUGUAACGGACACACCACAGGCAUGGAUGUGCUGUGGGCUGGUACCCCCAUGGUUACUAUGCCAGGAGAGACGCUGGCUUCUCGUGUGGCUGCCUCUCAGCUCACAUGUCUUGGCUGUCCUGAGCUCAUCGCCCAGAGUCGUCAGGAGUAUGAAGAUGUGGCUGUGAAGCUGGGAACUGAGAUGGAAUUCCUGAAGAAGGUCCGCGCCCGCGUGUGGAAGCAGCGCAUCUGCAGCCCGCUAUUCAACACCAAACAGUACACCAUGGACCUGGAGAGACUCUACCUGCAGAUGUGGGAGCAUUACUCCGCUGGAGGAAAGCCUGACCACAUGGUCAAAAUGCAGUCUCUGGAGAGCAGCGAGAGCACCUAAGCUAAGCUUGUCCUUGCAUGUCCCCCCGACCCCCCCCAUGUCCUCCAGUAUGUGACUGUCACAGACUCUAUGGGUGAGCACCGUGACUAUGAUCAUGAGCCAGAGUGGACAGCAGGAUGCACAAAGCUGCUCCACUGGGACUCCUCCCCCUUUUCCAUUGAUGUUGGUUGGCUCCACUUUCGUUGUUUAUUGAUCUGCUUCUAAGGGACUUUUCUGUGAUUGAAGUGGAUUUUAUGGGGAAAAGUGAAGGAGCAGUCUUAAGAUAAUUCAGAAAAUAUAAAUGUUAUCACGCAUAGGGGCUUUUUUUUGUUGUUGGGUUAUGUGCUUCUUGACCUAUUUUAGCUUUAUCAUCAUGAUUUCAAUCUGGGUGAUGGAUACACAGCUCAGAUCACCCAUCUUUUCCAAAUCUGAAUGCCAACAUUUCCGUAUGCUAACAAUGAGUGAAAAUUCCUCUCUUUUAAAAACAUGCUAUGUGAACGUGCUGAGCAGAGGAGUGUCUUAUGACACCAUUACAGAAGGCUUCCAAAUGGCCUUUUUUAUGAUUUUUACCAGGAAAGGUCUAGGUAAGUAUGCUAAGCUGUUUUGGUUUUGUGCACUGUCUUCCUAUUCACUCUUUUUAUUUAUACACUGUCAGUGUCAUUUCUGUAAGGCUCUUUACAUGAACUGAAAUAAAGAGAUGUGGCAAACCAUAAAGAGA